GUGGACCUUCUAAUCGGGGAUUUUUGUAUCGCUUUGUUUUGGAUAUAGUGGAAUCCAGCCUCAUUCUUUAUAGGCGACAGAAAUUAGGCCAAAGCGAUCUUAACCAUUCGUGGUGCAACAUACUGUGACAGACAGAACAAUGAAACGGCAAGUACUGUUGUUUAUAUCUUUCCUUUCUCUAAGCUUAGUAUGCGGGCAGGUUAGUUACUCCAUUCCGGAGGAAAUGGCGACAGGCUCCUUUGUUGGUAAUAUAGCGCAAGAUUUAGGUUUGGAUAUAAAACGACUAAAAUCCGGCAAAGCUCGUCUGCAUACUGCAAAUAACGCAGGACACGUCGAGUUGAAUAGAGAACGAGGAGUGCUGCUGAUCAAAGAGAAAAUUGACAGAGAAGCAUUGUGCGGACAGACAACGCCUUGUGCUUUACAUUUGCAGAUCAUUAUGGAAAAUCCCAUAGAAUUUUACAGAGUCACAGUCGAAAUUCUCGAUAUUAAUGACAAUGCUCCUCAUUUUCAGAAAGAUUCAAUGAAAUUCGACAUAAGUGAGUCCGCGAUGAUAGGUGCAAAAUUUGUGCUUGAGAGGGCUUUUGAUUCUGAUAUCGGCAUAAAUGGCCUGCAGAGUUAUACACUCUCUCCUACUGAUAAUUUCAUCUUAAAGUUGCAUGGUCAAGCUGAUGACAGUAAAAAGGUAGAAAUGGUUUUACAGAAACCGUUGGAUCGAGAAAAACAAGAGCAAAUAUCUCUACUGCUAAUUGCUAAUGAUGGGGGAGACCCAAGGAAGUCCGGGACUGUGCAGAUUCACGUUACAGUUCUAGACGCAAACGACAAUGCUCCUGUUUUUACACAGCCCAUUUAUAGGUCGCGCUUGCGGGAAAAUUCCCCUAGGGGCACAUUAUUAAUUACAGUACGUGCAUCAGAUGUAGAUGACGGUUCAAAUGGCUUGGUGACAUAUUCAAUAUCAAGUAGCACAGUUGGAAUUUUGAAUCAUUUUGAAAUAGAUGAAAAUAAUGGCGAUGUGCGUGUGAUAGGCGAAGUUGAUUACGAAAAGUCAAAACAAUAUCAAAUUGAUAUCGAAGCUAGGGAUCAAGGAGGGCUCUCGAAUUCUAGUAAGUUGGUGGUGGAUAUCAUUGAUAUUAAUGACAACAAGCCCUUUAUCGACGUUAUAUCAACGUCACGUUUAAUACCAGAAAGCUCUCCCUCCCAAACCGUAAUAGCUGUAAUGACUGUACACGACCCCGACUCUGACAUUAAUGGGUUAGUCAAGUGUAUCCUCUGUGAAAAUGUCCCGUUUGUAAUAAAAUCUACAUCCAGUGGCUUCUAUAGUUUGUUGACAGACAGUGAUCUGGACAGAGAAAGAUCCUCUGAGUAUAAUAUAACGGUCACGUGCUCUGAUGAGGGAGUCCCCUCCCUCUCCAGCAGCGUCACUCUCACCUUACAGAUCUCUGAUGUGAAUGAUAACGCGCCUGUCUUUGAGAGGAGCUCAUAUGAGGCCUACAUUGUAGAAAAC